AAAAAUAAUUUAAUAUCUAAUGUUAAGCAUUUAUUUUUACAGGUUUUUUAAAUAUUAAAUUGAAAUUAAAAAAAAAAAAAGUGUAAAUUUGCUUGGGCUUCUUGGUUGCUUUCUUGGACUUGACCUUCUUUUAUAUGUAUAAUUUGUAUUUGCAGUUUAAGCGGGGUCGGGAUGAGUCUGGUGACAGCGAUGAGUCUGAUGGCAGCCAUGAGUCUGACAAAGAGGAUGCCAUGUCGCGGCACUCUCAGCAGUCGCACCAGUCUCAGCACUCCCAGCACUUACCCGGGACCUCUUCCACUGCCAACUCCAGCAAGUCCGGCAAGUCCGGCAAGGCCAAGGGCAACCGUUGCGAGCAGGCACCUAAUCCCUUGGUCCAGCUGGUCGCCGACUCCAAAAAGUUCCAUGCGCGGAUCCUGGACAUCAUCCAGAACAUGCGGCCCACCAUGGACCCCCAGCGCCAGGGGAUGAUGGACUACACUGCUGGUGUGGUCCGGAAGAUGAACGAAGAGGAGUGGGACGACUUCGAGGAGCAGGUGUUUCCCAUAGUCUGGCAGUUUGCUGCUCGUUUGCAUCGGCGGGAGAAGGCUGAUCGCACCUUGACACCUCGCACCAUGACACUUGAUGAGGAGUUGGGCCUUGCUCUGCAGGUGUCCUGCCAUGCCCCGCGACGCCCCGGCACGCAGUCGCAGCCAGGGGAAUCUGGAUUCCAGGGGUCUUCUGUACCGGGCUCAUCCGUCCAGAGGUCUUCCGUCCAGGGAUCGUAUGGCGGCGAGUGCUCCCAGGGUUGGCACCCUAUGCCUGGUCCUGAGGGUUGAUC